AUGAUUUCUGUGCUCUCUGCUUGUGCUAACGGCAUUAAGUGUGUAAAAAUCGGGAGGCAGCUUCACGGGCUUAUAGUGAAACUUGAAUUAACUUUUGACACAAAGGUUGGGACUGGCCUUGUGGAUAUGUACUCGAAAUGCGGUUCUUGGGAGUGUGCAUAUGAUGUGUUUAUCGAAUUGGGAAAUAAAAGAAAUUUGGUGACCUGGAAUUCUAUGAUAGCAGGUAUGAUGUUACACGAUCAGUGUGAGAAGGCUGUUGCUCUUUUUAUCGAGUUAGAGAGUGAGGUAGGGCUCAAAGCUGAACCAGCAACGUGGAACUCAAUGAUUGGCGGGUUUUCUCAGCUGGGAAAAGCAGACGAAGCUUUUCUGUUCUUCAGGAAAAUGCUUUCUAGCGGCAUAAAACCGAACUUGCGGUGUGUAACUAGCUUACUUUCAGCUUGCUCGUCUCUAUCCGCGCAAAAUUAUGGGAAACAGAUCCAUGCAUAUGUUGCAAGAACAAAUAUCGUUGAUGAUGAUUUUUUGGCUACGGCCAUAAUCGACAUGUAUAUGAAGUGCGGACUGCCUUCCUGGGCACAUACAUUUUUCGAUAUGUUUGAUAAAAAACCUAAAGAUCCAGCAUUUUGGAAUGCAAUGAUUUCGGGAUAUGGAAAGCAUGGGAUGAAUGAAUUUGCUUUCGAAAUCUUCGGUCAAAUGGUCCGAGAAAAAAUCAAGCCGAAUUCAGUUACUUUCAGUUGCCUUCUUUCCGCGUGCAGUCACGUGGAUCGAGUCGACAUGGGUUUCCAAAUUUUCAGAUUAAUGAUUGUGGAAUUUGGUGUGAGUCCAAGUUCAAAGCAUAUGGGCAUCUUGAUUGAUCUGCUCAGUCGUUCGGGAAAGCUGGAUGAAGCCUUCGAGCUCCUCCAGGGGACGAGUGAGAAUUCGGCUGCCAUGAUGGCUUCUGUACUCGGGUAUUCGGAGAUGCAUUUGGAUUCCAGGAUGGGAGAGGAGAUGGCCCGGAGGAUCCUAGAAUUAGAGCCCGAAAAUCCAGUUCCGUUUGUUGUUUUAUCUAAUAUUUAUGCGGGUCAAGAUAGGUGGAAAGAUGUGCACAGGAUUAGGGAGUUGAUAAACGAGAAGGGGCUCAGGAAAGUCCCGGGCCUCAGUUCAGCUGCAACCCUCAACCCCUCACACUUUUUCACGCCACAAUAUACAUUGAUCGCAAAACUCGCUCCCCGUAUCUAUCAUUCAUCGUCCAUAAUCACCAUCAUCUCAGCCCUUCCAUUCGCCCCAGCCAGCCCUCUCUCGCUGGUGGAUAAUCAACGGACUCACGCGACCACCACAACCCACGCGAGGAGCGCAAAGCAGCACCCCGAGAUCCCACGAUUAACAUCAUCUCGCCAUCGACGAUCGGAUAGAGGCAGCAAAAGGCCAAGCGGUUGUGCACCACCUCUUCCGUUCAACGAGCAGCAGCGGCCUCGUCAUCGCCACGUGAUGGCCUUUGAGCAGGCCAGGGAGUUUAGGCUUCCACGUACCAGCCCUACACGUGAGCAGACCGAGGGCCGAAGGUCGUGA